AUGCGUGGAAAACAAGCUUUAUGUAUUGGUAUUAACGCCUAUGUACCACGACAUUUGAUCUUAGAACCUUGUCUCAAUGAUGCAGGCGAUGUAACUCAGGCAUUACGUUCACUUGGAUUUCAGGCACAUUUUGUCAAAGAUCUUAACUAUAAAUCAAUGAAAAUCCUAACUCAUCAAUUUGUUAAUUCCAUUCAACCGGGUGCUAUUGUUGUGUUCUAUUUCUCUGGUCAUGGUUGUCAAUUUAAUGGUAAUAAUUAUUUAAUUCCAACGAAUGCUACCGGAAUUUGGGCAGGUAAUGUUGACUCGACUGCAAUCGAUGCACACAAACUCAUUAGUUCGAUGCAUAAAAGACGUCCAAAAGUUGUAAUAUGUAUUCUUGAUUGUUGUCGAACGGAUGCACCGUCAGAGCCAGUUGAUGAAAUGAAUCCAUUUAGUAGAACUUUAGUUGGAAUGAAAGCAGGUCUUGCACCAAUGCAAGCCCCACCAUCAACAAUCAUUGUUUAUGCUUGUGCAGCAAAUGCUUUAGCUUCAGCUAUUUCAAUGAAUAAUCGAAAUAGUUUAUAUACUUAUCAUUUACUUCGUUAUAUCAGAACAUCAAAUAUUGAUAUUGAAACUCUUUUGAAAUAUGCUGGUGUAGACGUUAAAAAAGAAUCCAAAAGUCAACAAAUACCCUAUCUAUAUAGUAGUUGUAAGGAAGCAAUCUAUCUUGCAGCGCCCAACAAUUACAAGGCAGUGGUAUCAGCUCAACAUAUCCAUAGAAGAUCUGUUGUUCGUAAGUCACUUUCUAUAAAUACAUUAUAG